GGUACUUUUGAUCUUAUGAAGAUAGCCAGGUUCACACCAGGGUUCGUUGGAGCUGACUUGUCAGCUCUAGCUGAUAAAGCUGGCAACCUUGCUUUGAAGAGAAUCAUCGACAGAAGAAAGUCUGAGCUAUACAGAGAACCUCAGGGUGGGGAUCAUACUGAAGACUGGUGGAGGAAUCCAUGGCUGCCUGAAGAGAUUGAAAGUCUAAGCAUCACUAUGGCUGAUUUUGAGGAAGCAGUUAAAUUGGUUCAACCUUCCUCAAGAAUAGAAGGGUUUUCUGCCAUUCCAAGUGUAAAAUGGGAAGAUGUUGGAGGGCUUCAUUUGCUAAAAAGGCAGGAGUUUUACCCUUAUAUAGUUAGGCGCAUAAAAUAUCCUGAGGAUUAUGAGGAAUUUGGGGUAGAUUUGGAGAUAGGAUUUUUGCUGUAUGGACCUCCAGGCUGUGGCAAGACAUUGAUUGCUAAGGCUGUUGCUAAUGAGGCAUGAGCCAAUUUCAUACAUAUCAAGAUUUGUAACUUUGUUUUGAGUGUCCAAUAUUUUUUCCCCUGAUGAUUUCAACCGCGUAUGUUCUUAAAGUUGUUUACCAAUCAAAGGGCCCUGAACUCCUGAACAAAUACAUUGGAGAAAGUGAGUCGGCAAUAAGGACAAUAUUCAGUCGUGCAAGGAUGUGUUCUCCGUGCAUACUUUUCUUUGAAGAGGUGGCUGCUUUGACUACAAAGCGUGGAAAGGAGGGGGGCUGGGUUGUUGAGCGCCUUUUGAACCAGUUACUGAUUGAGCUAGAUGGUGCAAAUCAGCGACGAGGUGUUUGUCAUUGGCGUUACAAAUAGACCUGAGGUGAUGGACCGUGCUGUCUUACGUCCCGGAAGGUUUGGAAAACUCCUAUAUGUUCCUCUGCCUAGUUCAGAUUAGCGAGGGCUAAUCUGGAAAGCUCUUUCUAGGAAGAAGCCUAUAGAUGUCACCGUGGAUUUAAUUGCUAUCAGGAACGAUGAAGCUUGUGAAAACCUUAACAAACCAUAAUAAAUAUCCUGAGGAUUAUGAGGUAAUUAUUACAUCUGAAUGCAUUACAAAGUAAGUCAAGUUUGUACAAAAUGUGUAUAGAGUCUUGUAACUAAAAAAAUUCUUGCACAGCCCAUUCAUUCAUCUAAAUGUGACACUCCAAUCUGGACUUCCAGAUUAGUUUACUUAC